UAUUACAUAGAUAUAAUUCAGAGAUCAGUUCAGGUCGAACAACUCUAGGAAUCCAAAUUCAAAUCCCAAAUUUCGGAAUCGAUCCGUCCUUACAAAAUCCGUCCUUCAAUUCCCAAAACGACGUCGUACUCGCCUUCAAUCAUGUCGCCGUCGCCGUCGCCGGACAUGACCUUCGGUUCGUCGGACACGGCCGACUCCGAUGAAGUCUCAGCGGAGAAGAUACCAGCUGGAUCGGACGGCUGUGAUGCGAGCGAGAUCGAGGAAGAAGAGAUGAGCGAGGGCAGUAACGGCGGAGGUUACGGCGUUUAUAGGAUGAGCACGAUAAGGGAGGAGGUGGGGACGGUGUUCUCGUACGACUUUGACGGAGGGGAAGACGCCGUUUACGUGGCGGUGGGGAAGCAGACGCAGAGCGAAGUCAUGGAUGCUUUAAUCUGGACCGUCGAUAAUGCUGUCGUGGAUAGAUCUUCCACCGUCGUUUUUCUUGUCCAUGUCUUCCCCGAGACAAGGCUCAUCCCUUCGCCAUUGGGAAUGUUACCAAUUAGUCAAGUAAAUCAAGAGCAGAAAGAAAUAUACAUGUCUUUACAAAAAGCCAAGAGGAGGGAGUUUCUUCAAAAAUUCAUCGACGUUUGUUCUACUUCUAAGGUUAAAGUGGACACAAUACUCGUCGAAAAUGACAAUGAGGUGAAAGCCAUACUCAACCUUGUUUCUGUUCUCCACAUAAGAAAACUCGUGCUUGGUGCGACCAAAUCGACUAUAAGGAAGAUAAAAUUGCGGAAAGGCAACACGAUGGCUGAUCAAAUACUACAAAAUGCACCGGAGUUUUGCGAUGUUAAGAUUAUAUGCGGAGGAAAGGAAAUGUCCGAACUAGCUUGGGAGUCGUUUACGCCAUCACUGUCAUCGUCAUCUUCAUCUUUGUCACGGGCAUCCGAUCUUUCUUCUAAAUUUGAUCGUGAAAAGGAACAGUUAGUGACCGAAUAUGCGACUACUUGUAAUUGUUUUAAACUGCGAUCGAAUUGUGAAUAGAAAAAAAACAUGUGAAGUUGGUAAAAAAAAAAAAAAAAUGAUAAAAAGAAAAACCUUUGAACAUGUUUGAAUUAUGACAUAUUAUUCUUAAGUUGUA